AUGGACGAGCAGCUUCCGAGCUUCUACAAAAUGAACGAGACGAUGAAAAGGCGCAAGCCGCAAGUUGAGCUGGAGACUCUCGGCGGCAGCGACGUAUCCGCACCCGCUUCCUACGACAAAACCGAUAAGGAACAUUUGUUCGUGUCGAGGAGAAGACAAGUGGCUCCUCCACGCCCAAGGAAGGACGGCAGCUGGUUCCGUUGCGCCGAUGUCAUCCCCACGCGCGACGAGCUCAAGCCACACAUUACCCCGCUCAUCUAUACCUUCCUCAGCGCACUCACGCGUCUCCUCUGGAUCAACUACGAGCCUUCUGUUGUUUGGGACGAGGCGCAUUUCGGUAAAUUCGGUAGCUACUAUCUGAAGCGGUCUUUCUACUUUGAUGUCCACCCGCCGCUUGGCAAGAUGUUGGUUGGACUCGCAGGUGCGCUGUCUGGGUACAAUGGCUCCUUCGAGUUCAAAUCGGGCGAGCCAUACCCAGACACACUCAACUACGGCAUAUUUAGGGGUUACUUGGCUAGCUUUGGUGUGCUUAUCGUGCCUUUAGCGUGGUACACGGCCAACGAGCUUCAUUUGAGCAAACGCAGCUGUCAUCUCGUAACGCUAAUGGUGUUAUGCGAUACUGCGCUCGCUACAAUCAGCAGAUUCAUUCUGCUCGACAGUAUGCUCCUCUUCUUCACCUUCACUACAGUAUUCUUCCUCACCAAAUUCCACAACGAGCAGCACGACCCAUUCGGAUUCGACUGGUGGAUGUGGCUUAUCCUCACUGGGCUCUCAAUCGGCGCCGUGUGCAGCGUCAAGUGGGUGGGGCUCUUCGUCACAGCCGUCGUUGGCCUAUACACGGUUAGUGAGCUGUGGGAGAAACUGGGAGACGUCUCCCUUCCCAAGAAGACGUAUACGCAGCACUGGCUCGCGCGCAUCGCAUGUCUCAUCUUCAUCCCCGUGGCUGUCUACGUCGCCGCAUUCAAGGCACACUUCAUGAUCCUCAACCACACGGGCAGCGGCGAUGCGCAAAUGUCCUCUCUGUUCCAGGCCAACCUGAAAGGCAACAAGUUCUACAAAUCCCCACUCGAGAUUGCGUACGGAUCCAAAGUCACUCUCAAGCAGAUGGGCUAUGGCGGAGGGCUGCUUCACUCGCAUGUGCAGAACUUCCCUCUCGGCUCACUCGAGGGUCAAGUGACAUGCUACCAUUACCAGGAUGACAACAACCAGUUCAACGUACUGCCUUCGCUCGCGCAGCAGAAGGUGGACGAGGCAACCCGGAAUGCCGAACGUGGUGAACUAUCUGCGGGUGAAGUGGGUGAGCUGGGUGAGCGAGGUGAACAGAGUGAAGAUUUAAGCCAAGAUGAAGGAAGCGACAAGGAUGAAAUACGAUUCCUCCAUUCAGGCGACAUCAUUCGUCUCCAACAUGUCCCUUACUCACGCUACAUACAUGCUCACGACCUCCCCGCACCACUGUCGCGACUCGAUUACGAGGUGGCUGCAUUCAGCGCCUCUCGCGAAGACGAUACAAAUGAUAAUUGGAUAGUGGAGCCAGUCGACGAUGUAUUCCGCGGAAAACUCACACCCCACGACCGUAUACACUCACUCACCACCCGCUUACGCUUCAGACACCGCAACCUCGGGUGCUACCUCCGCGCCGCUAACAGGAAUCUACCCGAAUGGGGUUUCAAGCAGGUAGAGGUGACGUGCACCAAGGAGAAUGACGUGAGGGACGACUACACGCAUUGGAAUGUCGAAUCACACUGGAAUGACAGAUUACCCAGGGGCAAGAAAUCACUCUACCGUACUAACUUCCUCAAAGACUUCUGGCAUCUCAACAUCGCCAUGAUGAUGUCGAAUAACGCUCUCAUCCCUAACCCCGACAAGGCAGAUAUACUCGCUAGCAAACCUACUGACUGGCCCUUUUUGCGUCUCGGGUUGAGGAUGAAUGGGUGGAGUGACCACAACACGAAAUACUACUUGAUCGGCAACCCCGUUGUAUGGUGGUGCUCGAGUGUAGCUGUGAUGCUCUUCGUCCUUAUCAGCGGCUACCAUGUAGUGUGCGAACGGAGGCGUGUGCGCGACGUGACUAAGCGAGAACUGGACCACUUUAUCUACGUAGGUAUGGUCGCAUUUGGCGGAUGGGUUUUCCAUUACAUACCCUUUCUCAUCAUGGGCCGCGUCACGUAUCUUCAUCACUACCUUCCCGCACUCUACUUUGCAGUUUUGGUGCUGGCGCUGGUGCUCGAUCAUGUUGUCUUCAAGCGCAAUGUGUCAGAGGGCGUGAAGUGGUUCGUCUUUGCAGUACUCGCUCUCAACACUCUUCUCACUUUCUACCACUUCCGCGGCGUCGUUUUCGGCAUGGAAGGUCCUAUGUCGCGCCAUAAGCACCUGGGAUGGCGGAGUAGUUGGAAUAUAUACUAA